AUGUUCUUUUCUGCGCAGACCAUCCCGCUCCUCGAACAUCCGGAAGAAACUAAUAUCGGUUGGAAGGAAAACGAAUCCCGGGUUAUUAUGGUCGUCGAAAUUUUCGAUGGCAGAGAGCGCACAGGGGCAUACCUUGAACAUAAAGCUGUAAAUAGACGGUAUAUGAUGGUCCGUUCCAAUUCUCGAGCCGUCUUGCUGGCUCUCGUUUUCCUCGUCGAUGUCCUCUCUCUAUCUAAUAUUGUGGGAGCUAGACCGCUCCAAACGAGAAAUGAUUUAAUCGAGUAUGAAACGGGCUCCUUGAGCAGCAUCAGUCACGGACUAGAUGGGCGCGAUACCUCCAAGACUUGGACUGAGGACUGCGAAAGUUGCGCGGACGAGCAAGCUACAACCGGACAUGGUUUCACUGGGCAGGGUGCUGAGAAUAAUAACGUUAAGAGCACAGUCUCUGUGGCCAUUGGCACGGCUACCAGUUCAGGGACGACCCCGAUCGUUGCAAGCUCUAAUCCUACCAGUAGUGGACUUGGAACUGCUACCUCAGCGGUGAGUCCUGGAGGCAAUGGAGGAAAAGGCUCAGGGAGUACCGACUCUGCAGGUGGAAAGUCUGGAGCCAGUAACUCUGGCAGCAAUGGUUCUGGAAGCGGCGGGUCUGGAAAUAAUUGGAGCGGCGGAGACAUCGCAAACACUGGUUCCGACAGUAACGACUCUAAAGGCAAUGACUCGGGCAGUCACAGCUCUGGCAGCGGCAAUUUGGGAAGCAGUGGUUCAGGAAAUAAUAACAGCAGCAAUGGACCCGGCACUAAGGGGUCUGGCAGCGGGAGCUCUGGAAGCAACGAUCCUGGAAAAAAGGACGCUGACAGCAAUUCUGGAAGCAGUGGCUCCGGAGUUAAAGGGUCUGGCAGUGACAACUCCAGCAAAGGUGGCUCUGGUACUAAGGGGUCUGGAAGCAACGAUUCUGGAAAAAACAACUCUGGUGACAGCAAUUCUGGAAGCAGUGGCUCAGAUACUAAGGGGUCCGGCAGCGGGAGCUCUGGAAGCAAUGAUCCUGGAAAAAACAACUCCGAUGACAGCAAUUCUGGAAGCAGUGGCUCUGGAGGUAAAGGGUCUAACAGUGACAACUCCAGCAAAGGUGGCUCUGGAAAUAAAGGGUCUGGCAGUGACAAGUCCCAGUCUAGCAGCUCUGCCUCCGGAGGCUCCUCAAGUGCUUCAGCUUUUAGUUCAAGCACUGCGAGCUCAAUGGCCCUCGGCAGAGACAGUUCAGAUGAUCCUGCACAAGUCAGCAGCACUAGCAACAGUGCCACGGCCCCCGACGGAGGGAGUGCCAGUAACAAUAGCGGCGUGAAUAGUGGAAGCACCAAUACAGGAAGUGGCAGCAGCGUCAAUGUGAAUACGACCGGCAAGGAGUCAUCUUCUGAUUCAAGCAAGUCAGGAAUUGUGGACCCUUUAAUCAAUAAGUUAUCCUCGUUGAUAAGCGGUCUUCGGGAGACUGACUGA